AUGAAGGCCGAUAUUCUUGUCGCCGCAGCCCUUGCGAGCCUCGCUGUCGCCGCGCCUGCUUCCACUCUAUUUCGGCGUGACCCUCUGUUGGAAUUAUCCGCCAAUUCUUUGCCUGACAAGGCAGCCAGGGAGGUGUACAAGAGCAACGUGUGGACCUUUUGGCGAGCCUUUUUGCCCGGAGCCCGCCGGCUUCCCGUCAUGGUCCACGAGUACGCCGCGAGGUUGCAGGACAUAAUAAAUCGAGGAGAAGACGAACUGGCCUCGGACAUUAUACUUGACCUGGCCAACUCUGCCAACAGCAAGGAGUAUCCGGUCUCCAAGGAGCAACUGGAUUUAUUUCUGGAGACGCUCUCUCAGCAGAUGGAUUGGAGGUGA